CAUAAAAGUUGAACAGAAUAUUAAUUUAAAUAAUAUAAAUACAACUAAGACUAAGAAAUACACGAACCAAUAUAAAACAAACUCUCAUAAAUAUUUAAAAAACAAAACAAAAAAACAAAAAAGGCAGUGUAUCAAAACCGAAGAACACCAAGAAACGUUAAACUAUCAGCAGUUUUGCUGCAAAAAGAUGAACAUGUUAGCAUUUGGAAUGUAUGAACACAAUAGCAAUAGCUGUGACUUUACAGAAAGCUCUGGCCUGUAUUUCACCUAUGUGAGUAUGUUGGACCAACAAUAAAUCAGUGAACUGCAUUUGGUCGUUAUCUGGUUUUAACAUGAAGACGAUCAGAUGCUUGAAGUAAGAACUUUGACAAAGUAGCUGUUGCACUGUCGCAAACCUUGGGCCUUCCAGUUUUAAGCAUUAACUUACUGCAAUAACAAGCUUAUUCAAUUUCAACCCCUCUAAAACCUUUCAAGGAAGUGGGAGAAUCUAACUUGACAAAGAAUGAGCACAUUUGAUUGAAGGUGUCUGAAGUCUGUGGCUUAUCUUAGGGCCGCGAUGCUAAAUUUACUAACUUUGCUAGCGUUCAAAUAGCAUCGGGUGCGGUUUAACUCAGGCCUGGUGUCUUGGAGUUAAUGUUAGCUCAGGGUUCAAGACCCGACUGAUUCUGAGGUUCAGAACGACGUAGUAUAUCCUGAGUUCACUUGUGAGCUUUACAGUACUCGAGUGGUUCUUCCUGGAGUUAUUCACAGCGACGGAUGCUCGCGGUUUCACUCACGUCAUUCUUUCACUUCCUCCCCAUCUCGUUGUCUUUAUCUCUCUCCCACUCUCUCUCUCUCUCUCUGUCUCUCCUUGUGAUCACUGUAAAUAUAAAUGAUUUGAGUUCAAAUCAGACAUUCAGGGCUCGAUUGAUGUGGCGAAUGCAGACAACAACGGCAACCGACGCAGCAAUAGAAAAAAAAACAAACACAAAUCUUUCUUCACCCCGUUUCUUCUUUCUUCCUUUUGUGUUUGUCUUCUCUCGUCUACUUCCUCCACCCACCUGCCUCUCUUUCUGUCUUUCUCCUCCUCCUCCACUUCAUCUGGGUUCAUCGUCGCUCAUCUACUUCAAGGUCCCCCACCUGUGGCAUCACGUCGACCCCUUGUGAAGCCGAGCCGAAGGGAGAAAGGCUGGAGCAGAGGAAGAGGUAGAGGAGGAAGAGGAGGAGGAGGGGAAGAAGAAGACAAAUCAUGAUUCACUCAAAUCACUCCAGCCAGUCUGUCUUCUGCUGCUGCUGCUGCGCCGUUCAGACCAGGGAAAUCAGUACCAGGACGGAGGUGGAAGGCCGCACUUCUCGUUGUUUCCCGCGUCGACAACACCCAGGACGUGCGUACCCGGUCGAGAGGUCAAGGAGGAAGCUCCCACUUCCCCCGCCUGAGGACGAGGAGGGUGAGGGUUUGCUCAGCGUCGUCGCCAUGUACGACUUCACGGCCAAAGAAGACACCGACCUCACACUCAAACAGGGCGAGGAGUACACCAUCCUCCAUAAACAGGACCAGCUGUGGUGGAGGGCGCAGGACAAACAUGGGAAUAAAGGAUUCAUCCCCAGCAACUACGUGACAGAGAAAAACAGAAUUGAGGCAAAUCCGUGGUACUGUAAGAACAUCACAAGGACUGAAGCAGAGCAGCUGCUCAGACAGGAGGACAAAGAGGGUGGCUUCGUGGUGCGGGAGUCCAGUCAAAAGGGAGUCUACACCGUCUCAGUUUACACCAAGACAUCAGGCGCUAACGGAGACAUUCGACAUUACCAGAUCAAAAUAAGUGACACCGGACAAUUUUACCUGGCGGAAAAACACACCUUCAGUUCCAUACCUGAUGUCAUACACUACCACGAACACAAUGCAGCAGGUCUAGUGACCAGGCUGAGAUAUGCAGUAGGACCGAUGGGGAGGUGUGUACCCGCCACGGCCGGAUUCAGCUCAGAGAAGUGGGAGAUCAACCCCAGUGAGUUGACGUUCAUGAAGGAACUCGGCAGUGGCCAGUUUGGGGUGGUGAAGCUCGGCAAGUGGAGGGCUCAACAAAAAGUGGCCAUCAAAGCCAUCCGAGAGGGAGCCAUGUAUCAGGAGGACUUCAUUGAGGAGGCCAAAGUCAUGAUGAGGUUGUGCCAUCCAAAACUGGUGCAGCUGUACGGCGUUUGCUUGCAGCAGCGCCCCCUGCUGAUCGUGGCUGAGUUCAUGGAGAACGGCUGCCUCCUGAACUUCCUUCGCCAGAGGGGCGGAGCUCUGAAGGACUCGUGGCUUUUGUCCAUGUGCCAGGACGUUUGUGAGGGGAUGGAGUACCUGGAGGCCCAUAGCUUCAUCCACAGAGACCUGGCCGCCAGGAACUGUUUGGUUAGUGAAAACAACAUAGUUAAAGUCAGUGACUUCGGAAUGACCAGAUAUGUUCUCGAUAACCAGUACACCAGUUCCAGUGGGGCCAAGUUCCCGGUGAAGUGGUCUCCCCCUGAAGUUCUUCACUACAGCAAAUACAGCAACAAGUCCGACGUCUGGUCCUUUGGUGUGGUGAUGUGGGAGAUCUUCGCCGAGGGUCGGACUCCGUUUGAAAACAGCUCCAACUUGGACGUAGUUAACGACAUCACAAGAGGGAUCCGGCUGUACCGACCACAUCGCGCCUCCCAACCGCUGUACGCCAUCAUGUACCGCUGCUGGCACGAGAAACCUCAGGGUCGGCCCCCUUUCUCUGAGCUACUGGAGGAUAUCCGAAAACUGGCAGAAAAUCCAGACUAACACACUCAUAGUAUUACAGUGCUGAUCAUCAAACUGCCUUUUUUUUUGUGAAAAAGCUAUAUUUUUUACUUGUAAAUAUUUUAUUUUAAGUUUUGUCCCCAUUUUGUGAUAUAGUUUUUAGUUUGAAAAAACUUUAUAACUUUUCUGUUUAUUUUGCAUUCAGAGUUUAUUUUGCACACGAGAAACUCGACUUUUAAAUCAUGACUGUUACAAACUAACGCUGGACAUUGACAGGUUUUUGAAGUUUGUAUGCGCACAGUGUAUCUGAUCUUUCAAUGGACAAUAAAGAAAUUGACAAAUUA